AUGGUCGAAAGAACACGGCAACUCUUUAAUGAAGGCUUUUGCCUAAAAGCUCUUAUUGUGGCUCACUUGAGUCAUUCCUCAAUUUUUUGUUUCUUAAUUUGUGAAUAUCUCUUCUUUAUUUCUUUCUUUCUUUCUUUCUUUCUUUCUUUCUUUCUUUCUUUCUUUCUUUAUUUAUUUAUUUCCUUCUUUCUUUCUUUCUUUCUACAAAAGAAUGCGGUCAUUUUUCCUUUAAUAAUUUCUUAUUUUCUACAUUUUUAUAUUUUGUUAUUUCGGGAGAUUUUUUUGGUAGCAACCAUUUUUUUUUCUUUUUACUGUCAAAAUAUUCUUUCUUUCUUUCAAUUUAUCUUUUUUCUUUCAAGUCAUUUUCUUUCUUUCUUUCUUUCUUUCUUUAAAGUCAUAUUCUUUCUUUCUUUCUUUCUUUCUUUCUUUAAAGUCAUAUUCUUUCUUUCUUUCUUUAAAGUCAUAUUCUUUCUUUCUUUCUUUCUUUCUUUAAAGUCAUAUUCUUUCUUUCUUUCUUUAAAGUCAUUUUCUUUCUUUCUUUCUUUCUUUCUUUCUUUCUUUCUUUCGUUCUUUCUUUCUUUAAAGUCAUUUUCUUUCUUUCUUUCUUUCUUUCUUUCUUUCUUUAAAGUCAUAUUCUUUCUUUCUUUCUUUACAACAAUACUCUUUUUUCUGCUUACGACAACCAAUAUCUAUCUAUCUAAAGUCAAUUUGUUCAUAUCUAUCUAUCUAUCUAUCUAUCUAUCUAUCUAUCUAUCUAUCUAUCACAAUCUCUUCAUCCAUCUAUCUAUCUAUUUAUCUAUCUAUCACAACUCGUUCUUAUCUAUAUACUAUUAUUUUUUCUUUUCUUUUUUCUUUUGUCUAUCUAUAUAUCUAGCCGUUUUAUCCUGUAAUCUAUCUAUCUAUCUAUCUAUCUAUCUAUAA